AUGUCUGUGAAAAAUGAUGCUCUGAAAGCAUUGGUGGAAACGAAUCCAACUGUUUCUUCAAGGGAACUUGCUGCCAGAAUGGAAGUUGACCAUACAACAAUAUUGCGACAUCUUUCUGAAAUUGGCAAGGUGAAAAAAAUGGAUAAGUGGAUGCCGCACGAACUAACCGAGCGAAAUAAGCUGGAUCGCUUGAACGUAUGCUCAUCAUUGCUAACCCGAUUUAAUCGAGAUCCAUUUUUCAAUCGGAUCAUUACUUGUGAUGAAAAAUGGGUUCUUUAUGACAAUAGGAAAAGGUGUGCUCGGUGGCUUGAUAGGGAUGAGACUUUUGCUCAUACUCCACGACCAUCACUUCUUCCAUGGAAAAUUUUAAUCACAGUUUGGUGGAAUGUGACUGGAGUAAUGGACUACUCAUUCCUUCGAACUGGAAUGACAAUUACAGCCGAAAAGUAUUACCAGUACAUUGAAGAAAUGCAUGAAAAAUUGAAAAUUAUACUCCCAUCACUUUACCCACCUUAUUCACCAGAUCAUUCGCUAACCGACUUUCAUUUAUUUAAACAUUUAGAACUGUUUUUACGGGCUAAACAGUACGAAAAUGAAGACAGUCUGAUAAAUGCCAUAUCAGAGUUCAUUAAUUCUAUGGAUCAGAAUUUCUUCAAGAUAGCCACCUAUGCAUUAAAAUCUCGUUGGAAAAAGUGUAUUGAAGUAAAUGGAGCAUAUUUUGAUUAA